AGGAGGAGGAAGUGGGGAGAAGGCGAGGAAGCAUCCCCCAUCCACACACUCAAGCCCAGCUUACCUAACUCUCCCGCCCGCCAAAGGGAAGCGGGGACUACCGCCUGUCACCAUCAGCUGCUGCCGCUGUUGUUUCCGCCGCCGGCUUGGCUGAGCGGACCGUUGGCGGAAGGAUGGUGUGUGAGAAAUGUGAAAAGAAACUCGGCACGGUUAUCACUCCAGAUACAUGGAAAGAUGGGGCAAGGAAUACCACAGAAAGUGGCGGAAGAAAGCUUAAUGAAAACAAAGCUUUGACUUCAAAGAAAGCAAGAUUUGAUCCAUAUGGAAAGAAUAAGUUCUCCACUUGCAGAAUUUGUAAAAGUUCUGUACACCAACCCGGUUCUCAUUACUGCCAGGGCUGCGCCUACAAAAAAGGCAUCUGUGCAAUGUGUGGCAAAAAGGUCUUGGAUACCAAAAACUACAAACAGACUUCCGUGUAGGGGCUUUCUUUGAUUUCACUUUCUGCCUUGAAUUUUCAAGGUACAACGUAGGCGUUCAUCUUACAGAAUAGCCCAUGUCAAGACAAAUAAUUAAGUUUAAACCCGGGAAGUUGACCAGCGUUCUGUUCUUUCACCCUCAAGCCGUUGCGUAUAGCAAUGCUCUAACCAGUCUCUCCGUAAGUGGUUAUUUUCCUUAUGAGCAUUUUACUGAACUGGAAUAAGUGACAGAAGUAAUGCAAGUAAUACUCCUGAGUUUUGUGUGCACUUUUUAUUUAACAUCAUUCAUAUCAUGCUUGUCUGCCUACUUGGUUUAUCGAUAUUACAAGUGAAGAGAGAUUUUGCCCUGAAUAAGGAUUCUCCCCUCCUCUUAUCUGGUACUGAUGUCAUGGUCUGCUUAGGGGUUGGAAACUGCUGUUGCUGAGUUGUUCCUCGGGGUUUUCGUUUGUUCUGAUGGCACUGGGGUUAAACCCUGGGCUUGGCUUGUGUUAGGCUCACACCGCACCUCUGAGCUAGGUCACUAGCCCCUUGGUGAUUAAUUCAGACCCCAGUUGAAGACAAGUUGUGGUUUUGACUUUUGCUUUUUAAUUUGUUCCUUGAGCCAAAAUGCAUGUGUGAAUAGAAACACCAGAAACACUCGUUUGUUCAAAUAUACACACUGGAUUUCAGAAAAACAUGCACAUGUCAUCUCGAAUUCUGAUUGUCAUGAAAACCAGAACAGUACUUACUUAUCUUAACCUCACAAUGUUUCCCCUGUUCCUAUGUAAUAAAAAUGAAUCUGCCCUUUUGGAGAAAA